AUGAGCAAUUUAUAGUACUUUGAAUUAGAAUUAGAAAAGGGCGAUGUUUACAAAGGCACUCUCACUUCAGAUCACGCACUCAAAGGGUUGGCUGUUUUCCAGCGAAAAGGAAAAUUCAUCUUGAUUGGCAAUGUCGAUAACGGCCUCUUCCAAGGUCCAGGCAUGCACAUCGACAUCUCAGAGUGCACAGUAUACCUAGGCGGUUUGAGAGACUCUAUGAAAGAUGGAGCUGGUCUGUUUGUGAAGUAUAAGUCUCCUCAGAUGUUUCAACAGAUCAGCAGACUCUUUGACCAAUGCAACAAGGACAGUUAUCGUAGAUUGAUUCAGGACUAGAUUGAUAAAGCAACUCAAGAGUCAGAAAAAGCCAAGAAUAAAAUGAAGAAGUACUCAAGUGUCUUCUUAUCAGCUGGACUUAAAGAGGUUCUCAAUAAAGUUAAAUACAGCAAGGAGUAAUGCGAAAAAAAGAAAAAGAAAAGGAAUCAGUAAUUGGAGCAGUAUCAAAUAAUGUACUAAGGGGAAUUUCAAGAAGAUAAAAGGCAAGGUUGGGGAGAAAACAUAUUCAGAAACGGGGACAGCUAUAAAGGAUAAUAUGAAAAGGACAUAAUGGAAGGCAGAGGCAUAUACAUUUUUAACAGUUUGGAGUCAAAUUCAGUUCUCUAUAUUGGGGAGUUCAGAAAUAAUGUGUUUUAAGGACUGGGAAGAAUGCAAUUCAGAGAUGAUACGCAGUACUUCGGCUCUUUCAACAACAAUACAAUGUAGAGCGCAAAGGCAAUUGUCAAGUAUGGUAACGGAGACAAGUACAAGGGAGGUAUCUAGCAGAAUUAAAAGAAUGGAGAUGGAGAGUAUCUCUACAACAACACAGAUUUAUAUGCUGGCUAGUUUAAAGGAGACAAAAAAGAUGGGAAAGGAAAGCUCUCGCUGACUGGCACACAGGUCACAUAUGAGGGAGAAUUCAAGGAUGAUAUGAAGUGUGGUGAGUGCAAGAAGUAUUUCUUUGGAAAUUCAUAUGGCUGGUUUGAAGGCUAUUUGGAUGAAAGUGAGGAACUAAAUGGUGACGGUAGGUUUGAAUUCCCAAUCCAAAAUAUGAUCUAUGAAGGAGGAUUUAAGAAUAGUAUGUUUAAUGGUCAUGGCAAGAUAAUGCACACUGACACUGGAAAUGUCUUUGAAGGAGAAUUCUUUGAUCAUCACAAAGAUGGGCCUUGCACCUUCACACUCAAGAGUGGUUAGCAGUUCAAAGGCAUAUUUGAACUUAACAUGGAAGGAAAUAGAGAUUGUAACUAUGGUCCAAGAGUGUGA